GCAUUGCUUUUGUUCUUUGCAUUUUUCCUCUAAAAUACCUAUCUAUCUAUAAUGUUUUUUUUGUGUCUUUUGGAAACGUCGUCCCAUCAAAAUUGUCGAAUAUCAAUAAUAAUGUGUGCUGUAAACAAUGUAUAUAUACAUGUCAAAUUCAUACCUGGAUUUUUUUUUCUUCUCAUUCUCAUUUUAUUUUCUUGCAAUCGCUGUCAUUGUCACCUCUAUACUAAAAAAAUCCAACUAAAACAUUACAUUUAGAUGUCAUUUAAAUACAUGCAUGUGAAAAUGAUACAUUCAAUUCCGACAUUUUGUGGCCCUUUUUCCCGUAACUAAUGAAACUGAAUUAUAUGAACUCAUAUCUCUCAACAUUGCAUGAUAAAUAAUAAUUUCAAAAUGGAAGCGAAUUUUCCGAUCGAUUUGAUUUUUUAUUCAAGAAUUUUGAAUACGUACAUUAUGAAUGUAGAUUUCAUAAAUGCCGAAUGCCAGCGUGAAUUCUUUAUUCAGUACAAACAAUGUUGACCAAGACAAUGAUGAAUUUAGUUUUUAUUUUCAAAUAAAAUCGAGUGAAAAUGUUUUUCUGAAUUACAAAAAGUUCGGUUCUAAUUUUCCAUACUUUAAGCUAAUAAAUAAUUGAUUAUACUAGAAUUUUAUAAAAUGAAUGUUGAUAACAAUUCUGAUCAAAAUGAGUCAUUGGAAGCACCUGAAGAUGAUGAUUUUGGUGAUUUCGAAGGAGCAGAAGAUGAAGCUCCAGAAGCUGUACAAGCAAUGAUUGGUGGUCCAAAUUGGGUUUAUCCUGAUCUUGUAAGAAUACAAUCAUCAAAUAACAAUACUCAAAACGAUAUAAACAAUCCUGAACUUAAUAAUUUCAACAAUCAAAAUCGACCAAGCUCACAUCGAAUAUUGGAUCCUCCUGAUGUUUCUUUACUCACAAAUAUUUCAAAUUCUCAUUGCUCGAAACCACAACAAACAUUAGAUCUUUGUAGUUCAUUAGGAUCAUCAUCGGCUAGUGCUUCGAAAUUGAUAUUCAAUACUGCAAAUAAUUAUGUAUCACCAAACAAAAGCUGUACUGGUCCAACUAGUGUAUCGUCACCAUCGUCUGGAUCAUCAUCAUCAUCAAUGGCUGUAACAAAUAUGUCCGGCCUAAUCCUAAGCAAUUCAUCAAAUUCAUCCUCUCCUAGUUUGUCUAAUAAUAAUAAAGGUAACAGCUUGAACCAUCCUAUUCCAUCAACAUCGAAUGGUAUUAUUUCAUCAUCCACAUCAGUGUUUGGUCUGAAUCAACAACUGGCACAAAUGGAACAACGAAUACGUUCGCUUCAGACGGAAAAACGUUUACUACAAGAACAGCUUUGUGAACGCGAUAAUCGAAUCAAUGAUUUGCAAAGAAUUGCUCAUCAACAACAUCAAUCUGGUUUAGAACAAAACAGCAAUGGGAGAUUAUUAGAAGAAACGAUUGGUCGACGUAUCGAUUCUGCACUCGAACGUAUUGAAAGCAAUUUGGAAACAUCAAUUACCGAUCUACUAAAUCAUGUGGAAAGAUUGGAGAGAAAAGUGGAUAGUAACAAUUCGUCUGGAUCGUUGAUAAACGGUAUGGUCAUUGAUAAUGGUGGUGGAGAAUCAUCACAUCAUGAGUCAUGUCUUCAACUAUUUCAACAAUUGAAACAUGAACAGCAACAAGAACGACGAGAAUAUAUGAAAACAUUGUCGAACAUUUUAUCUCAUGCAUUACAAGAGCUAAACAAUACAUUCAAACAGUAAUUUAUUAUUUUCAAAGACAAAAAAUUUAUUUUAUUUGUAAAUAUUAUUUUGUACAUCAUUCUUUGAUCACCUUUUUCAUGAAAUAUGAAUUUGUAAAUUUGUUUUCCACUACGAAAAAAAAAUCGAAUAAAUAUAUCAGAUUAAUUACCAGUCGA